AUAAAGAAAAAGAAUGGACGGCGGGGUAGGUCACGUUUGGACGGCGAAGACUGGAAUUUAUCAUCGUGCCACUCACUCAUCACACGGGUAACACCUCUUUCACCGUUACUCAGUCAUCCCGUUGAAGAAUUUCAAUAUCAGUAUCAAUUUCAUUACCAAUCCAAAAUUAGGGUUUUUGAUUUGACUCAUAACGAUUCACGGAAGAAUCGCUGAUGAUGGAGGAAAUCACAGACAGGUUUCACGGCCAUGAUUCUUCUACCUCUUCUUCAGAUUCCGACGAUGACGAUUCCUCGUCGACACUUAAAUCUGAUGUUUAUCGGCUAUUCGCAAGGGAAAAACCCGUUCACAAGGUCCUUGGCGGUGGUAAAUCGGCUGAUGUACUCCUUUGGAGGAAUAGAAAGAUAUCAGGAGGAGUCCUAGCCGGAGCUACUGCUAUAUGGGUGUUGUUUGAGUUACUUCAGUAUCACUUGAUCACUCUUGUAUGCCAUGGUUUGAUGCUGGCUCUGGGGAUUCUCUUCUUAUGGUCUAAUGUUACCAUUUUCAUUAACAAGAAAUCUCCCCUUCGUAUUCCAGAGAUUUCCAUUCCCGAAGAACCCAUUCAUCAAAUUACCUCUGUUCUUAGACUAGAGAUAAAUCGAACGAUUGAAAUUCUACGGGAUAUUGCCUCUGGAAAGGAUCUGAAGCAAUUUCUCUAUGUAAUGGCUGGCUUGUGGAUUUCGUCUGUCAUUGGAAGUUUCUGUGAUUUCUUGACAUUGUUCUACAUAGCAUUUGUUUUGCUUCAUACAAUACCUGUGUUGUACGAGAAGUACGAGGUUCGUGUGGAUUCAUUCGGGGAGAAGGCAAUAGCAGAGAUAAAGAAGCAGUAUCAAGUUUUUGAUGCAAAGGUUUUGAGUAAGAUCCCGACGACAAUCUCCUCUAAAGGUGGUAAGAAGACGGCUUGAAGUUAUUGUACGGCCUAAUCCCACGACUGAUCGAUAGUAUGUAGGCUUGUUGUUGUGAAUUUAUUAUUGUCUUCUACAAACCCUCAAUUCAAAUCUCAUACUUUAGGGAAUCGUGUGAAAUUGCAAUAUGAUUGGAAACCUAUUAUAUAAUGUUUUAGGGUUUUG